AUGUAUGCAUCACUGGUGCAUGAUUUCAUGGCGAAUGGAAGUUUGGAAAUGUGGUUGCAUCCAAAAGAAGAUGGUAUUAAUCAGUCAAGGAAUUUAAACCUUCUUCAAAGGCUUCAUGUUGCCAUUGAUUUGUCAUCAGCAAUGCAUUACCUUCAUGGCCUUUGUGAAACACCAAUCAUUCAUUGCGACCUAAAGCCAAGCAAUAUUCUGCUCGACAGAUACAUGAUUGCUCAUGUUGAAUAUGGAAUAGGUAGCAAGGCAACAACAUAUGGGGAUGUGUAUAGCUUUGGAAUAAUUUUGUUCGAGAUUUUUACAGGACGAAGACCAACUGAUGAAGUGUUCAUAGAUGGUUUGAAUCUCCACAACUUUUUUAGGUCUAAGCUACCAAGACGAGUGAUGCAGCUUCUAGAUCCCAAGCUUAUUGCAACAGGAGAAAUUAGAGCAGAAGAAAUUGUUGAAGACAACAAAAGUGAUGAUGGUCAAAAUGAAAUCCAAGAAAAUAAUGUCAAUAUUGAAAAUUUGAAAUUACAGGGAAGCAAUGUGCAAAAAUGUGUUGUAUUAGUCCUCAAAAUAGAACUAGCAUGCUCAGCAGAACUACCAGGAGAUCGAUUGAAUAUGAGCGAUGUCACAAGAAAACUUAACAUAAUCAUAGAGGCUUUUGUUCAUGCAAGGACUCAUUAA